AUGCCAACUGGUACACCUGAAGUUAUUGUUGUCGAAGGACGGCAUCUUAAAGAUCGAGAUCUUGUGGGUGAAAAUGAUGCCUAUGUGGAAAUCUAUUUAGAUGAAAAAUAUAAACAACGUAUAACAACUAUUUCGAAUUCCAAUAAUACUGUAUGGAAUCAAUGUUUUACAUUUAAUCUUCAAAAAGGUGAUGAUACAAUUCAUUUUGAUAUUUACGAUGUUGAUGUUAUUGGUCGAGAUUCAAUUGGAAAUUGUAAAGUUAAAUUGAAACAUGUUUUCGAUGAUGGAAAAUUACCAGCUAAAUUAGUUGUGAGCUUUGGUGUGUGUGAAAGUGGAUGUAUGCCGGUGUGGGUGGGUGUCGAUGUGGAUGUGAGUAUGGGUGUACGUGUAGGUGUAGCUUUGGAUGUGAAUAAUUUUUUGCUUCUAUCGCUCACACCACACUCACACACACAUCGACACAGUUUCACAUCUAUCCACACCCACGCACAGCUACAUCUACAUAUACACUCCCAGACCCAUAGCCACGUAGCCACAGCGACGCACCCUAAUCCUACGCUUCUCUAGGACCCCACAUUUCGAUGGAUAUGUGAUGUUUCUCUGACUACGUGAUUGCCAUACACAGAAGUCCGUGUGAGUGCUGUGUGAUUGGUCGACUUGCGCAACGAGCUUUAGUGAUUGAGUGGCAGGAACUCUGAGCCA